AUGCUGUUUCCACCCGAUGACAUAGAACGUCUCGUCACCAAGAUCGCAGCCAUCUUGAGAUCGCGAAAAGAAAACCUCGCCAUUUCUGAGGCCGCCUGUGGAGGUCUUCUCUCUGCCUAUAUAGUAACAGUUCCAGGAGCAUCCAAUUUCUACAUCGGGGGAAAGCUUGUAUAUUCGCUCAGACAAAGGCUCAAGUUGUCUGGAUGCACGGACGAAGAAAUAAGUAGCUACGUGGGACCCUCAGAACAAGUUGCUUUGCGAUUGGCCCGUACAGCCAAAUACGAAUUGGGCUCAACAUAUGUACUUUCAGAAACUGGUUUUGCUGGGCCAUCUAAAGACUUACAUUUACUGGACAGCGAUAGCAAGAGCACGGCUACGGCUUCUGAUGCUGAAGUGGGGACAGUGUAUCUAGGCUUGUGUGGCCCUACUGGAGAAGUGUCUUGUAUGAGAAACACAGGAUCCAAGGUUAGAGCCUCUAACAUGGUUGAGUUUGCCCGGUUGGGAUUGCAAUUCUUGUUGGACCAGCUUGAGAGAAUAGAGAGCACUGAAAGCUGA